CUUGAGGGCAUGUGGUGGCGCUGCUGCUGCUUCCGGAUGCUACGACAGCGCUGCCGAGAAGGAUUCGACAGGAGUACGACACUCCUUGCGAUCCAGCGCGACGACAUCCGUACGGCAGCAGCAACGGCUGGAUGGAGCGGGCUCGCCUGGCGUUUACCACGGCCCGGAUGGCCGCAUGGUGAUGUCGCGACCCAUGGGUCAGCUGGAGGUCGCCUUGCCGGAGCCGCGUGGCGCCUGCGGCUGGAGCGAGGCGGAGUUCAGCGCCGCUAGGUUUGACGGCGGCGCAGGCGGGCGGGUGAUGGUGUGCACCGGCAGCAAGUGCCAGCGCAGGGGCGCAGCGGGGGUGCUGCGGGCGGCGAACGCGCUGGCUGGGGGCAACCCAGCCAUCCAGGUGGCACCCUGCAAGUGCCUGGGCAAGUGCUCGGCGGGAGCCGCGUUGAGAGUCAAGAGCAGCAGGGUGCCGCAGCAGUUGCAGCAGCAGCAGGGUGAGGCGACGUGCGCAACAACAGCAACGACAACAUACACGGAGGUGCGCCCGGCCGACCUGAGCGACGUGUUUGAGCGGCAUUUCGCACCUGCAGCCGCACCAGCAGUGGCAACCUGAGCGGCGCCUGCAGCGGCGACCUGAGUGGCGCAUGGUGAAAGUGGGAUUCCGAGGUUGUGGUGGUAGGCGGGGUGAUACCUGAUUACCGGUAUAGCAGG